GUUACCUAAAUGACACAACUCACAAUAUAAAAUGCGUUUAUAUAAAAUGUGUUUAACAUACUGUUUAAUGUAAAUGAAAUAGCAACAUUCUGAGGAGAGGCAUCUCUGGCUCUUCUUACAACAACAGAAACAUUAUUCGUUGCUUCUUAACAUCUAUCUCCCUCUCUUGGUAAAUAACAAAAGAAAACCAUAGCAGCUAGCAACCAUGACUGCCAACAAGUUUGCAACCAUGCUUCACAGGAACACCCACAAACUCACUGUAAUUCUAGUCUAUGCAGUCCUUGAAUGGAUCUUGAUCAUUCUCCUUCUCCUCAACUCUUUCUUCACUUACCUUAUAACCAAAUUUGCCGACUACUUUGGACUUAAACCACCUUGCCUGUGGUGUUCCAGGGUUGAUCAUGUGUUGGAGAGUGGAAAUGAUACCAACUCUUAUAGAGAUCUUGUAUGUGAGGCUCAUGCCACUGAGAUUUCCAAGCUUGGCUACUGCUCAAAUCAUCGACGGCUGGCUGAAACACAGAAUAUGUGCAUGGACUGCUUGGCCUCUCGGCCAAAUCAUAAUGAUGAGUCAAUAGGAAUCACAAGAAGGAUUGCUUUCAUUUCUUGGGUGAGCAGGCAUUCACUUGAAAAUGGUGACAAGAUUCUCAGAUGUUCUUGCUGCAAUGAAAAUUUGAACAAUCUCUACUCUCCUUCUUUGUUGUUUAAGCCUUCUUGGAAGGCCUUGAGGUGUACCCAGAAAGGAAAUUUCAUUAUAGAAGCAAUAGAUGAUGAUGAUAAUGGAAAUGAGUGCAAACUACUAAGAAAACCAGAUAGUUUUGCACAUUACACAGAAUAUAGCAAUGAGAUUGAGAGAAAUGAUGGAGAAGGACAUCAAAUGCUUUCCGAUGUUGGAAGCUUGGGUGUAAAAGAUUCUGCAGAGGAAGAGUGUUCAGGGUCUGAAUCAAGCUUAAAAUAUGAUGAAAAUGAAGCAAAUGAAGAUCAGAAAGCACAUAUUCCUUGCAUUAAAGAACAAGAAUCCUAUGGUAUGAAUUUUGUUCAUCGAUCUUUUGACGACAAGAUCACCCAGCGCUGUCUUGGAGAAGACUGUUCGCUUGAAAUCAUCGACCUGCAUUUUGACAGAAAUCUUGAGUGUGGAUUUAAUCGCUUAAUCCCUAUUGAAUUGAUUGAUUCAUCGACUUCUGAAAAUCAUGGAUCUUUCAUUUUAAAGGAAGAAGAUAUGGAAAAGCAUGAUGAUGAUCAAAAUGAAACUUUUGAUUAUUCUUUACAGAAUGAAACUCAAGUCAAGGUACAAGAGAACAAAGAGAAGCCAACUUCUGCAGACGUUGUAAGUGUGGUGAUAAAUAUGGAUGAUGGACAGAAAUCUUCGGUUUUAGAAGAAAUCCAAAAUGAUUUGGCUGGUGAGGCAUGUGAACAAAUUAUAGCCAUGCAAGCUGCUCAAACUUUAUCCAUCAGUAGCAGCAUUGUAGAAGUAGCAGACUCGAAAGAUCCUAAUGACCUUCCAGCUCAGGAAGAAAACAUGGAUGACUUCAUCUCGGUUGAUCACACCAAAUCUAAGUCCAUAGAACUGUCUGAUCAUGCAACCGAUCAGCCCCAAGCACAAGAAUCAACUCCAUUGCCCUGCCUGCAGGAAGAUGUCUCUUCCACAAAUAGCAAUGGUUCAGAAAUUCCUAAUGCUUCUGAAUCAUGCAUGCACAAUGAAUUUGGUCCAAGAAACAGAGGAAAGACUUCCAUAGAAGAAAAAAUGAUUUCAGAUGACAAGAACCAGGAAGCAAUAAGCCAACCUUCAUCUAUGCGUUCAGAAUCUAUUGAAGCGGAAGAAGAAAAAUUCCCUGAGACACCAACUUCUGUUGACAGUUUUCACUACUUGCACAAGAAACUACUCCUGUUCGAGAAAAGAGAAUCAGUAACAGAAGAGUCCUUAGAUGGAAGUGUCACAAGUGAGAUGGAAGCUGGAGAUCCACUUCAAACUGUUGAAAAGCUGAAAACAGCUCUUAAAGCUGAACAAAAGGCUCUGAAUUCUUUAUAUGCAGAACUGGAGGAAGAGAGGAGUGCUUCUGCAAUUGCAGCAAACCAGACAAUGGCUAUGAUAAACAGACUACAAGAAGAGAAGGCAGCAAUGCAAAUGGAAGCACUGCAAUACCAGAGGAUGAUGGAAGAACAAUCUGAAUAUGACCAAGAAGCUUUACAACUUUUUAAUGAGCUCAUGAUCGAGAGAGAAAGAGAGAAGCAAGAACUUGAGAAAGAGUUGGAAGUAUAUUGUAAGAAGGUUUCGGAUUAUGAGGCCAAAGAGAAAAUAAGAAUGAUAAGAAGAAGCAGAGAUGGAAGUGUGAGGAGUAUAAACUCUUGUGCUACUUGUAGCAAUGCAGAGGAUAUUGAUGUGCUAUCUAUUGAUCUUAAUCGUGAAGCAAGGGAUGAAGAUGGUAGCUUAUAUGGAAACCAAGACAGCAGUAACAAUAAUACUCAUGGUGAUGAAGUAAUAAAUUUGGAGGAAAUAGCACUAGAUUGUGUGCAGCAAAUAAGUGCCCUUGAUGAUUCACUGGCAGAAUUUGAGGAAGAGAGGCUAUCCAUUCUAGAUCAGCUCAAGGCAUUAGAGGAGAAGAUACUUGCUUUGCAGGAAAAUGAACACAGUGAGGAUGGAAGCUCAAUGGAGCAUUCCUUAAGGUAUAGUGCAAAAGGAUAUGAUGAAAAUUAUGAAUCGAGCACUCCAGAAGAAAAUGAGAUUUCACAUGAGUUAUCAAAGGAUAAACAUUAUACUGAGACGAAAACAAUGGGUUUCAUGGCAAAGAGCCUCCUUCCUCUUUUGGACGCUGCUGAUAAUGAAACUGAAGAAGGUUUUAUAUUUCAAGAAAAUUUGGCUCCUGAAAUUGCUGAAAUGGAAAAUUAUUCAGUUUCCAAAUUUGAAUUAGAAAACAAGAAACUAGCCCUUGAAGAGGAGGUGGAUCAUGUUUAUGAAAGGCUGCAAGCUCUUGAAGCAGACAGGGAAUUUCUAAAGCAUUGUAUGAGUUCAAUAAAGAAGGGAGAUAAAGGAAUGGAUCUUCUCCAAGAGAUCUUGCAACAUCUGCGUGAUCUUCGGGCAGUGGAACUCCGGGUGGGGAACAUGGCUGAUGAUCUUCAGGAGUGAAAUUGCACUUGAGAACUAAGAUGAAGAUAAGAUCCCUUUCUCAUGGGUUAGCAGGGACCUCAAACUAAAAUGGAGGAAGUUCGAGGAACUUUUUCUGCAGAAAUCCAGGAAAACUCUUGAUGGAAUGGGGAAUUCCUGGGCUGUUUUGUUUGAAUUGGUGGAUAAAAUUCAGGCUAUAAUACUGAAGUCUGCCCAAGUUCUAAAUGAUCUCUUUUGGGUUUACUACAAGAAAAGAGUCAAGCCCAAAUUUUGCAGUAUCUCCUCCAGGGUGCCUUUUUCCAGGCAAAGGACAGAGGAGUGCUAUCUACCUGGUUUGAGUGUGUAGGUUUGAUCACUUGUAACUAAAUAGUUUUCCACAUUUUCUUCUUAUUCAUUUGUUCUUCAGAAGGGAAAGAUUUCAAGGCGGAAGGGGAAAGGGAAGAAGGGUAAACUCUUACUUCUCCUAGUUUUUGGGUCAUUUAUAUCAUGUGUUGUAGUAAUGUAUCAAUAUUUGUGGGUAUUAAAGUUUAUGUUUGCUCUUA